AAAAGAAUUUAUCUAAAAUUGAGUAAUUAAUAAAGAAAAAAGGCCUGGAGAAAACUUGGUAACAAAGCUAUAUAUUUUGGUUCCAAGUCGUGUGCUCCAUUCUUUGUAGUCUUUACUCUUUCAUUUCUUCCAAUUGGCGCCGUCGAACACUCUCCGCAGCUCUAUGGAUAUCGAUUUCAAAGAAUAUCAAUUGCGCUGUGAACUUCGCGGUCACGAAGACGACGUUCGAGGGAUUUGCGUUUGCGGCAAUGCAGGUAUUGCCACUUCGUCUCGGGACCGAACCGUGAGGUUGUGGUCCUUGGACCCCUCCGACGAACGACGAUUCUCGGCAUCUAAAAUUCUUCUCGGCCAUACGAGCUUCGUGGGUCCGUUGGCAUGGAUUUCGCCCGAUGCCGUAGAAUUCCCUGAUGGUGGAAUUGUGUCUGGAGGCAUGGACACGCAGGUUCUAGUUUGGGACUUGAGAACUGGGGAGAAGGUCCACACUCUCAAGGGCCAUCAGUUGCAGGUCACCGGUGUUGCGUUGGAUAACGGCGACAUUGUAUCAUCCUCCGUCGAUUGCACUUUGAAACGGUGGAGAAAAGGCCAAGCUGUUGAAUCAUGGGAAGCUCACAAAGCAGCUAUUCAAACAAUUGUAAAGUUGCCUUCAGGCGAGCUUGCUACAGGUUCGAGUGAUACAACUAUAAAACUUUGGAAAGGAAAGACAUGCACACAAACUUUGGCAGGGCAUACAGAUACUGUCCGAGGCUUAGCGGUGAUGUCUGAUUUAGGGAUUCUUUCUGCAUCACAUGAUGGUUCCAUUAGGUUAUGGGCCUUAACUGGUGAAGUUUUACUUGAGAUGGUUGGUCAUACUUCUAUCGUGUAUUCAGUGGAUUCACAUGUGUCUGGACUUAUACUCAGUGGUAGUGAUGACCGUUUUGCUAAAAUAUGGAAAGAUGGAGUUUGUGUUCAGAGCAUAGAACAUCCUGGUUGUGUUUGGGAUGCGAAAUUCUUGGAAAAUGGGGAUAUUGUGACAGCGUGUUCUGAUGGAGUUGUACGUAUUUGGACAAUACAUCAUGACAAGAUUGCUGACCCAGUGGAUCUUGAGUUGUAUUCAUCUCAACUUGCCCAAUACAAAUUGAGCAGAAAGAGAGUUGGAGGAUUGAAACUGGAAGAGUUACCCGGGCUGGAGGCUUUACAGAUUGCAGGAACCAGUGACGGCCAGACAAAAGUUGUCAGAGAAGGGGACAAUGGUGUAGCAUAUGCAUGGAAUUUGGGAGAACAGAAGUGGGAUAAAAUUGGCGAAGUUGUGGACGGACCAGAUGAUGGCAUGAAGCGUCCUGUUCUUGAUGGAAUUGAAUAUGACUAUGUAUUUGAUGUUGAUAUUGGAGACGGUGAGCCCAUUCGUAAGUUGCCUCACAACCGAUCAGAUAAUCCAUAUGACACUGCUGACAAGUGGCUUCUGAAGGAGAAUCUACCACUUUCAUAUCGGCAACAAAUUGUGGAAUUUAUCCUCCAAAAUAGUGGACAGAAGGACUUCACACCUGAUCCAUCUUUCCGUGAUCCUUUCACUGGCUCUAAUGCAUAUGUACCUGGAGAAUAUUCCAAGUCUGCCACUGUUGCAAAACAUGCUUUCAAGCAUAUUCCUAAGAAAGGAAUGCUUGUUUUUGAUAUAGCUCAGUUUGAUGGGAUCCUCAAGAAGAUUACAGAGCUUAACAGUGCUCUACACUCUGAUCAGGAAAAGAAGCACUUGGCUUUAUCAGAGGUUGAGAUUUCCAGAUUGGGUGCUUUAGUAAAAGUUUUGAAGGACACUUCACAUUAUCAUUCUAGUAAAUUAGCAGAUAGUGAUAUUGCUGUCUUACUGAGAUCCAUAAAAUCAUGGCCAACUACAAUGAUAUUUCCAGUUAUUGAUACUCUCAGGAUGGUCGUCCUGCACCCAGAUGGGGCAACUUUGUUCCUCAAACAUGUUGAAGCUGAAAAUGAUACAUUGAUGGAAAUAAUGAAAAGGGUCACAGAGAACCCUUCACUACCCGCAAAUCUCUUGACAAGCAUUCGUCUUGUCACCAAUCUAUUCAAGAAAUCUAGUUACUUCAACUGGUUGCAAAGACAUCGCAUUGAGGUUCUCGAUGCAUUCUCCAGUUGUUAUUCAUCUCCAAAUAAGAAUUUACAGUUGUCUUAUUCAACCUUGAUACUAAACUAUGCUGUGUUGCUAAUUGAUAAGAAGGAUCAAGAAGGUCAGUCUCAAGUUCUUUCUGCAGCUCUUGAGAUUGCAGAGGAGGAAAAUUUAGAAGUGGAUUCAAAGUUCCGUGCUUUAGUUGCAAUUGGAUCAUUGAUGCUUGAUGGUCUUGUUAAAAGAAUAGCUAUGGAUUUUGAUGUGGAGAACAUUGCUAAAGCAGCAAAGACUUCCAAAGAUGCCAAGAUUAUUGAAGUUGGAGCUGACAUCGAACUCUUAAUUAAAGGCAGUUGAAUACGCUGGUUUUUGCACGACAUUCAAAGUUAGAGAAGAGAAGGAAAUAAGCAUAGCCAAGAUGGUUUUAUUAAUUAUUGUAUUGCAACAAGAACUAGGCUUUUAUGAUUUCUUAAAAUACGCUUUUUUUUGUGGGGAAAUUUAUUAUACACAAUGUUACACAAUAAUUAUUUAUGAAAAAAAAAUGUCUGGUUUUAAUCUA